AUGGGACUUAAGAGAAAACCCCUGACCCCCCUUCUCCAACUCCUUGAGGGCCAACCUGGGAAGGAUACACAGGGAACGCCACAACCCGAUGCUCCUUCUCCACCACCUCGGCCCCCUACUAUCCAGACUAGGUCAUCUUCCACCAAGUCACAGCCACAAUCCACCCGCCCAAAACUUCCUGCUUCCUCCCAACCAGAUCGGCCUCCUCGACCUGAAGGCGCUGAUUCAAAGAGAAAGAGGAGCCCCAAGGGCAAGGAAGUCACAGACGAGGGAAAAUCCCAACCUUCUAAGGCGAAGAAUGAGGCUCCGCGCACUAAACAACUGAAGAUUGGACACCAGGGCAAGGGCAAAGAAACUGAAGUCCAAACUUCUCAAGGCAAGGGAAAGGAGAUUGAGGCCCAGUCCUUACCGAGUGCCUGGCUUCUUGCCCCAAUGCUUCACGGGAGUCCACUACUAGAAACGGCUCUCCAGGCAACCUAUAGAAUGGAGGAAGAGGUGAAUAACAAGAGUAAGGCAGCCGAGAACGAAUGCAAGAAGCACAUAACGGCCUCGAAGACUCUCGAAGCCUCUGAGGAUGAACUUGCCAAACUGGCCGCGGCCGAGCAUGACAAAGGGGUGGCAGAAUAUGCCCGUGAUGAAGCCCUAAGGGCCAAGAAGGAGGCCGAGUUUGCCAGAAAUGAGGCAGAGAUUGCCAAGGAAACGGCCGAGGAUGACGGUUAUAAUGCGGGGGUGACCGAAACCCAAGCCAUCCUUAAAGCCCAGAUUCCUGGAGUGUGCAGGUUUUAUUGCUCCCAGGAUGUGAUAGAGAUAUCUCAGCAUAUGGAUCCUGAGGCACCUAAAGAGGUUACUGAGCCCGUGGUUAGCAUUCAGGUGUCUAGUGCUGAGGAGCCAGCCACACUUGCCCAGACAUCACAGGCAAUUCCCCUUGCUGUGGUCCCCCAGAGUACCAAUGCUGACCCUGUUCAGCCUUCCCCAGAAAGGACUAUCCUCCAGGGCGUCGAAGCUGAUCCCGUUCCUUCCUCCCAGGACGUGACCGACACAAAACUAAAAAAGUAG